AUGUUUGAACAUCAUCAUCAUCAUGCUGAUCAAUAUAUUCUUUCAAGUUUAUGUCCAUUCUCUUGUUCGAUUGUUACUACUGCACUUCGUAUUGGUGGAAUAUUAGAUCCUGAAUUUUUACUUCAAUGUCAAAUAACGGAUAAAAAACUACAAAAAAAAAUCGAUGGAUUAAAACAAAUUCCAUUGAAAUAUGAACCAUUAUCAUCCAUAUUUGAUUAUCAAGAAGAGCUUUUUCUCGAUAUGGAUUUACCAUAUAAAAGAAAAUUUUAUGAUUCAUGCGAAUUUAAACAAUAUAAUUCGUGGCUAAACGAUCAAAAUCAUUGGAAUAUCAUUCAUACGUUUAAUGAUGAUCUUAUUAUUUAG